AUGAAGGCCACGUCCGUUUCGCGCGUGCCGCGAGUGCUCCGUGCCGCAGCGUCCAGCCAGCCCUGUCCGCCUCUUUUUGCAGCCGCGUCGCCGACAGCAGCAUCACAAUUCUUCGUGGCGCCAAGACGGCGACAACAGUCGCCGAGCCUCUUCUCCGCGCCGCCGUCCUCCGUCUCCCGCCGUGCAUACUCGUCCGGCGCACCCCCGAAUGCCCGCCUCAAUCUGCCCAUCGACUAUGGCACCACGCCGCUGCUGGCACACACAUCGCAGGCCGCCCUGAGCAACCCGGAGCUGCCGGCCGAGAUCCGCGGCGGCGCCACCAAGCGCAUGAACCUGUACCAGGCGGUCAACGACGCCAUGUCGAUUGCGCUCGCCGAGGACGAGAGCGUGCUGCUGUUUGGCGAGGACGUGGCGUUUGGCGGCGUGUUCCGCUGCUCCAUGAACCUCAAGGACACGUACGGCGACGAGCGCGUGUUCAACACGCCGCUGAGCGAGCAGGGCAUCAUGGGCUUCGGGAUUGGCCUCGCCGCCGAGGGCAUGCGGCCCAUUGCCGAGAUCCAGUUUGCCGACUAUGUCUACCCGGCCUUUGACCAGCUGGUCAACGAGGCCGCCAAGUUCCGGUACCGCGACGGCGGCAACGGCCGCCACGUCGGCGGGCUGACGGUGCGCAUGCCGUGCGGUGUCGUCGGCCACGGCGCGCUGUACCACUCGCAGUCGCCCGAGAGCCUCUUCACCCACAUCCCGGGCCUGCGUGUUGUGCUGCCGCGGUCGCCCAUGCAGGCCAAGGGCCUGCUGCUGGCGGCCAUCCGCAGCAAUGAUCCCGUCGUGUUCCUCGAGCCUAAGAUCCUGUACCGUGCGGCCGUCGAGCAGGUGCCCGUGGACGCGUACGAGCUGCCGCUGUCCAAGGCCGAGGUGCUCAAGGAGGGCGCCGACGUGACGGUUGUGUCGUACGGCCAGCCGCUGUACAACUGCAUGAGUGCCAUCAAGCAGGCCGAGGCGGACUUUACGGACAAGGGCAAGGACGGCCCCUUCUCGGUCGAGCUGAUUGACCUGCGGACCAUCUACCCCUGGGACAAGGAGACCGUGCUGCGCAGCGUGCGCAAGACGGGGCGGUGCAUUGUGGUGCACGAGUCCAUGGUGAACCAGGGCGUGGGUGCCGAGGUGGCCGCCACAAUCCAGGAGGAUUCGGAUACGUUUGUGCGCCUGGAGGCGCCGGUGAUGCGCGUGGCCGGCUGGAGCACACAUAUGCCGCUGGCGUUUGAGAAGUUUACCGUGCCAGAUGUUGCAAGAAUAUACGAUGCGAUCAAGACAUCGAUGCAGUAUUAG